AUGGGACGAUGUUGUGGCCGAUGCUCGCCGUUGGAUCUGCUCUCCAUCUUUCUUGCGAAGAAGAUUCCUUGGUGUCAUGCGGUUGCUACCUUUCAACGGUCCAACCCAUUCCUGAUACCCACUCGAUCUUCUUUUGCGUCUAUUGGUGUGCUACUGCUGGCCACGGAUGAUGAUGAUGACAAUGGUGGGCCGCCAACAAUACGGAAUGGGUCAGGUCAUUCUCUAUCAGAAGCAAUGAAUUGGCAUCAUCAGGACAGUGGCGAAUUGACAAACGCUCGGUUGGAAUUUUUUAGGAAUGAGAUCCAGAGUCCCCCUACUAUUUUGACGGCGUCUGCCGCAGCCUCCAAUCCUUCGGCCGCCGCCACUAGCAAAGGGACGGCUGAGGAGGAGGCGCCAAACACGCCAAUGUUCACAAGCAGCUGCCAUCCAGUUUCUCCGCAACAACAAUCACAAGAAUGCACCAACACGGUCAUCCUCACACCACCACCUGUACCACAAGCCACCGCAUUGGAUCGAGCCGGUUUUCGUCUGGACGGUUUCGAAGUCUACGCCGUCGUCAGUGCCUUGACGUUGGCCACAUCGAUUCAAUUCUUUGAUUUGCUGAGUCGUCAAUGGACAUGGGAUUCCACUUCGUGGAUGUUGGAUUUGAUUUCCAUUACGGCAUCUGCCAUGGGCAUGAUGACGGGAUUGCAUGCCACCUUUAUUUUUUCCUUAAUGACCGUGUAUGGUCGUACGGCGGUGGGCAUGGGACGGGAUGUGACACCUUUUUUGGAUGCCACGCAAGAAGUGCGGGCACGAGGAUUCCGAUCCUUUCACAUUUCGCUCUAUACGUUUGGCGUCCAAAUUGUGUUCGUCAUUGUAUCACGCUUGCCACCGACACUGUGGCGGCGACUGGGAGCCCCGCUCAUGGCCCUCAUCAUGUGGAAAGUAGUGUAUGGGGAUACCAAGAUCCUCAUGGCAAAAGCUGGGGUCGUCUUGUUUGAAGAAGAAAACAGUAAUACGGAGGAGGUGCACAAGAACGAGGAAACAUACACGACGGACACUAGCUACACACUAGCUAGACAAUAA